UUAGCUCACUACUUGAGAUUACCUCCAAAGUAGUGGCAUCGCUACAUUGAAGUUGUCGACGGGGUUUUGGUUUAAUUGUCUACAUUUUCUCUUUCAUGCAAAACGUCUCAUUUUCAAGCAAGUUUGAUUUUCAAGGUUCGCCCCAGCUACAAUUGCAAGGUGGAUGAGUGUUUUUUCCCAAUAAAACACGUGGCCUGAUAGAACGUCGUUCUCGCAGUCGACGCCAUAACUUGGACAAGUCAUGUCUGGACGCACAGUCUCGAGAGCGAGCCUGGGGAGAUCUGCCCACCUGGGGGCGCUGUACGAUGUCAGGACAGAUAAAUUUCUGGAAGGCAACCUGUUCGUUUCUAAGCUUGAAGAUGAUAUGGUGGAAAGCAUGGACAUUGACGAAACAGUGAUCGAGGUUACCAAGUCUGACGAUCUCCAGGAGAAGUUCAAGACGCUCGAUGUAGAACCCCAGCUUCAGAUGAGUGUGUUAACUGAUAUGGUAAAGCCGACUGGUUCAGGAGCUUACAUUGGUGAUGACCGGAAGAGUGCCAGGACCCAAAGUAUGAGUCUCAUCUACAAGGUGAAGACAGUCAAUGAAGAAGUCAUGCUAAGCCACAACAGAGGGAUCAUCGACAAGGCCAUACUGUCCGAUUUAAAUCUCAAUGCGACGCACGUUGUAGUAGGUAUAGACUGGGGAGUUCAGUGCUUAGUAACUUGUGAGUAUGAAAAUACUAAGCAAUAUGAUGGUGCCAUUGUUAUGGAAGAAAUGAAGGCAAUGCUUGAGAAACUUAGGGAUAUUCUGAGUGAAAAGCAAAAGGGGGAUAUCCCUAUCAGAGACAUGCGGGGCAAUGAGAAGAGAGAGUUUUCUUUCCAAUGUAGAACAGACAUUUCGGCUCCAGAUGAAGAUAUCCCAGUAACGUACAAAGGAAUGGUUGAGUUUAUGGGGUCAUUACCUGCACUUCUAAAAAGUACUAACAACUGCAAAGGGGUCCCUGUAACAUACUAUCUAAUGCCCCUAGAAACUAUCAGAAAAAAGUGUAAGGUGAAAAUAGCUAAGGAAACGACUUACAAGGAAGUCGAUGAGGGCAUGUUAAGGAUGAGUAAAGAGGUCAUGGAGAAAUUACGGUUGAUAACUCAAAAGAUAUACGAUAUACACAACGACAUGAGUCUCAAUGCUGCUUUCAUUUCCGAUGAAGCACUUGAGAAAAUUGAUGAGGUCUGGCAUGAUGUCACUAUGCAAGAAUCCCGUUUCAAAUCAGUUCUGAAGGUAGAGGUGGAAAGCAUACGAUCGGGGAAAGACAAUUCAAGCACCCUUGAGGAAUUGUUGGGCAAGAUGACGCAUGACGAGUUGUCUUCUUCAAAGUAUGAGGUGGAAUUUGAACCGUUCUUGAAGAAAGUCAGGUUCAUCAGGUCGAUAUUGAGGAAGGGGAUUAAGUACAUCGGUAAGAGAGAAAGAGUAGUAAAAGAUGCAAGAGAAAACACCUUUGUUUUCUUCAUCCCUAACGGCAGCGAUGGGGAGGUCUUUGAGAAGAAUCAAGAUUUCUUCAUGCGACUUGUGUCCACAUUCUCAGGUGACGAUACCUGUGAAUUCAUCAUGGUUGACCAAGAGAUCGUGUCAAACCGUGUCUGGCCGAAUAAAAUGACAAGGCCUACUAUCGAGAAGUACCAAAAUGGCAUACGUGCUUCAAAGGAUUUUUACGAGGAUGAGGGCCAGAACCUGGAGGUGUGCAUGAUUCAGGUUGCUCAACCAGAAACUACGACUAUCACUCCUCGGGACCGCACAUUUGUCAAAAUUAGAUGUCCGAAUGCCCUCACAGGAAAAGGAAGUUGUGCCGGUGACCCGUCAAAAUGGAGGUGCUCGAAAUGCAAUCAGUUCGUCGAGUACUGCAUCAGUACCAAGCUCUUUCACUGCAAAUGCGGAAAGUCAAACCCCGAGCAUUCCAAAUUCCGCUGCAACGACCCGAAUCAUGGCAUGUGUUUCAUGAAGUAUCCUAUAGCUCUGUUGAAUGAUGAUCUUUCCCAGCUGAAGCCAAUGAAGGAAGUGAAUAUCCUGAUUCUUGGCGAGACAGGUGUUGGUAAAUCCACCUGGAUCAAUGGAAUUCAAAACUACCUGGCUUUUCCUAACUUGGCUGAGGCCAUGAAUUCCCAGGAUUUCCCAGUUCUGAUCCCUUCCUCAUUCACCUUGACUCAAGAUGGUGAGCAAAAAGAGAUCAAGGUUGGAGUCGAGGAUGCCAAUGAGGUACAGGAAGUAGGGAAAUCAGCAACCAAAGAGCCGAGAUCGUACGUCUUUACUGUUGGUGAUAGACGAGUACGAUUGAUUGACACACCAGGAAUAGGUGAUUGCGGUGGUAUCAAGCAGGAUGAAAGAAAUAUGCACAACAUAUUAUCUCACCUUACGUUCUACACUGAGAUUAAUGCGAUAUGCAUACUUCUCAAGCCGAACAAUUCUCGCCUUACUGCAAUGUUCCGAUUCUGCAUCCAGGAGCUGCUCGUACAGUUGCACAAUUCUGCUAAGAACAACAUUGUGUUCUGCUUCACAAACGCUCGACAGACUUUCUACCAGCCUGGCGAUACCCUACCAGCCCUUAAUAAGGAGCUACAAAAGAGAAAUGUCGGGAUCAAAGCAACGAAGGAUAAGUACUUCUGCUUUGAUAACGAACCUUUUCGGUUUCUGGCAUGUAUAAAGAACGGUGUCACGUUCGACGAUGCGGAUAUUGCCACCUACUCGGCUAGCUGGGACAAGUCUGUCGAGGAAACGGCGCGUCUCUUGAAGUAUAUUGAAAGCGGGGUGAAGCCGCACAGAGUAAAGGAGACCCUAGGAAUGAACGAAGCUCGGAGAAUCAUCUUGGCUAUGAGCAAGCCCCUUGCAGAAGUAGCCAAGACGAUCAAUCACAAUCUUGAUGCAGCAAGAGAAACCAAAACCAAAAUUGGCUUAGCUGACACAGAGAUUGACUCGUUGAAAGAAGACCUGAAGUUCAAUGGAUAUGACGUAGAACGAAAGGAACUUGGUCAUCCAAUGACAGUGUGUACCGCGCCCGAGUGCAUCAAGUAUGUCCCAAUUGGCCAGACAAAGGUACAGAACACAGUGUACCAGACGAUCUGUCAUGACCACUGUUAUCUCGAGGGUGUACCGGUAGAAACUACAGGUAACGAACAGCUACAAGGAUGUUGGGCCAUGACCAAUGGAGACUGUCGUUCCUGUCGUCACAGCUAUAUGCAACAUAUGCACAUGACCUAUCAGCUAGAAGUAAUAGAGAAGGAGUUCCUGUCUCAAGAGAUUCAAGACCAAAUCAAUAAAAUCUGCGACACCAGAACACAGAAGGAGGCAUUCAUAGCUGAAAUCAACAAGAAAGUUGCAGAACUGAAAGAAGAACAAAAGAUCAUCAUGGGAACGGGAGCAAAGUUUGGCUCUUUCCUGAAGGCACAUGCUCUGAUUACAUACAAUGAUGCUGUGGGUGACUACCUUGACAUGUCCAUCAAGCAGGAAGAAGCGAAACCAGAUGAAAUUCGAGAUGAGGGUCUCUUGGGGACCUUGAGGCAGAUGAAAGAUGAGUAUCACCAACAGCGAGAGAUACUAGACAAUGCCAUUCACGGAGGUUCCAGUGAAAAUAUCAAGACACCAGAACAGGUCAGAGAGCUUCAAGAGCAGCUCUUCAAGCUUCCACAUUUUGGAGCCACUCUUAAGAAGCUUUUCGAGGAAAUAUCCAUUGAGCACACAGCCAAGAACAUACCCUUUGAAGAGAAGAUUGUUCAUGCUCCACCUCCAAGAAGGACCUCUAAACCGAGGAAAGAGGGUAAAAGCUUCGCCAAAGGACUUGUAGACUCCGUAAGUAAGAUUCUACCCCCUUGGCGUUAUUAAAAAGUAGCUCCAACAUGCAGAGAGGGCAGGACCUUAAUAAAUCAGUGGUGCCGUGCACCCUAUGCGUAGUGGACACCAAACGCAUAUAAGGCAAGCCUAGCAAUCCUUUGUCCUUUGAACUUUGUCUUGUUAUUUGUAUUAUUGUUAUUAUCACUUCUUUGGCGUCACCUGUGCCUGGGAGGCGAAAAGCUAGUGUAUGUUACACUGGCUUUCCAGGUGAAGGCGUAGACCUGCGGAAAGUGAAAUGAAGGUAGUUUCCCAGCAUAGUUUGAAAAGUGAGGAUGUAAUUACUUUCCCUUUGUUCAACACCUGUUGUCAGGAUUGGAGAUACAAAGACAGCAUUAGCCCGACCCGCAAAGUCCCAAACCACAUUAAGCCCCCUAAAGCCAUCAAAGAGCAAGAGUAUGAAGAACUGUUCCGAUUUCUCUGGUGGUAACCCUUGUCGUUUUCGAAAGCCCGUACGGUUCUGUCAACCGUGUUAGCUUUAUGGUCCUUGCCCAUUUUCCUCUUGCAGGGGCUUUUGCACAGAUUUGAUCUGUUGGCCCAUGACAUGAUUAUUAUGAUAGUCCUGCCAAAAAACAGAUAAACUUAGAGUGACAACAUGUGAAAUAAUUAUUCUCUCAUAUCUCCUCGUUUUCACAAGAAUCAGUGCCUCCACAAUAUCGAAUACAAAAAUACGAAUAAUUAUCAUGAUUAUGAUGAUAACACACCUUCAACUUUAUGUACACACAGAACACUAUCUUACGCGGGAAAAUAGAAGUGGUAUUGAUAUUCAGUUUCAUUAUUAAAAGUAAGCAAACAAGUGAAAUUACAAAUCAUUUACAUGGAUUAUAUUUGUCCAAUACCUUGUUUUAUACAUAUUUUUUCAUCCUGGUCAAGUUGUUGUAUUAUUUAGAUGGACAAUAAUUAUUGGUGUAUGAAAUUCUGAAACAAAUUGGGGUUUCGUUUCGAUGUGUAUUUAUUUUUUUCACUUGGGCAUGCAACGACCGAAAAUAUUCAUCGAGUUUUAAUACUGGAGAUUUAUCAUUGUGGGACUUUAAAAAAGGUUCAAUUACUAAAGCACUCUUUCUCAAAGGAUAUAACUUAUACUCUUAACCUAUAUUCAUUGCAUAUAUAAAACAUUCCUUCUCACCAAAAGUCAACUUAUUUAUUGUUUUAGAUACACAAAAUGGUGUCGACUUUCGAGAUUGUCAGUGAUUGUUGCCAUAAAAGAAUUCAAACUCCCUGGAAUUAACGUUUUAUUUCAUCACGAUAAGUUGAAUAAUUCUGCUUACACGUUAUCAUAGGGGUUUAUUUUCAUCUAAUGUUUUGUCAUUUUAUGCCAUUUUGUGUGACAAGGUCAUGUCAUUACUUUGCAUAAAUUCGUAAGUGAAUUCACUUAAGAAUAUGAAAGCGUGUCAAGGUAUAUUUUACUGGGACACCUUUGAUUAUGAAUAUAAAAACCACAGUUUUUCAUGAUGAUUUGCAAAUAUAUUACCAUAACCAAAACUUCAAUCCGUUUCAAUUGUUGAUUCAACCAUUUUUUUAAUCAAGAGAUAUUCACAACAAUAUUUAUAUGAACACUGCAAUUGAAUAUCAUACAAAGUUACCAGAAAUAUAAAAUUUCGCUUGUUUCAUUUGUUGAUCUAACCAUUUUCAAAGACAAACGAUAUAGAUAAUAAUAUGUAAAAUGUACAAUGCAGUUAAAUAUCAUAUAAAAGUAAAAUUGGUUAGGCAUGCAGCCAGAAGGAAGUGUAAACCAUUAACGCGGGGCACCAUAUAAAUACUAAUGGGAAUUCAUAAAGAUUGUGUCCAUGAGGCUGAGUGCUACGUACAUUGUCUACAUCAACAGAUUUUCCGCUUAUUAGCCUCAUCUUCAGUGUACACACAAAUCUUUAUUUUAGAAAACACCGCAGUCAUUUUUUUAACACUGAGACGUCAUCUAUACACCUUGGGGUGUGUUCAUGACACCGAAAGCAAGUUUUAUAAACAUCAGGCGCGGAAAAUAAUUUUCUUGUAGACAAACGUAAUCUUGGGCCUCGUGGAUAGAUCCCAUUAACAUGAUUAAGAUAAUCAAGUAUCGAAGAGUUACGUAGAAUUGUGUAUAGUUUGAUUUUGCAAAUUAACUCAUGUUACCAUGAGGCUGUCUUGAACUAUUUUUAUUCUUGAAAAACGUGCUUUGUAUUCUUUUGGCAGCUAAAGAUGUUAAAACAAAAUAAUGUAUGUUGGUAAAAUGUCGGAGAAAUACAAUUAGUUCUGUAAAAAUAAUCUAAACACAAUAGGAAGAGAGGUAAUGAUUAUAAUAUCAUUUUUUAAUCUUAGAAAAAAGGUUAUAUGGUGGAUUCUUAUGUUAAAUUCGAUUCUGUUAUCUUGAUUAUAUUUCAUUGGCCGUCGAAAAUGUCAUUUCACUUUACAACAAGGUAUUACUCAAAAUAUAAUGUACCCAGAAAUUCAAGAAUGACUUAAUAUAUUGCUUCGAAUGUCUUUGAAGUAUUUAACAGUAGUGGCAUAAACCCUAAAUUCCAAGGAUUUGAAAUAAAUCUAGAUCGGCUGUGAACAGUGACAGGCCGAAAAUUAGAUUUAGAUUUAAACCUUGAUGAUUUAAAUACAAAUCAACAAGGUUUGAAUUUAGAUCUUUUGAGAUUUAAAAGUUCAUGAAUUCAAAAUUCGCCUGGUCACUAUUCAUCGCCGAUUUAUUUUAAACCCCUGGAAUGUAGAGUGUAGAAACAAGAAUGUGUUUGUUCCCAAAAAAUAUCUUGGCAUCGCCCUCGUGAUUUUAUAUGCAAUUUGCAAAUAUUACGAUAAUUGAGAGUAUAGAGCUACUACUUCACGAACUUAAUGUAUUGUGUUAUUCUUGUAGGCAAUUGUUAUUGCAUUAUCUAGCUAAUAUUCUGAUGUACUAUAAACUGACUAAUGUCGCUUUAAACAUAACUAUUAUAAGAUUCUUCUGAUAUUCAUUAUUUAAUGUAUACAUGCCCUGUAGUGUCUUUGUAUCUUGUUCUCAUUUAUUGUGGAUGUUUUAUUUUUGUUUUACUUUACCUCAACUCACACAAAAAGAAAACAGUAAUGAAUAUUGUAUGCUUGUUGGCCUAUUGUCACCGUACGAAUUAUCUGUGCAUCUUUUUCUUUUAGUUUUAAAAGUAAAAUUAUAAGAGAAGCAAGCUUGUAUCUUUCAAUGCUUUGUAUACAUUUGUUCUUCUGGUGUUUUUAAAGCAUUUUUCCUUUUACCGUUCAUUUUGUAUUUCAGCGUUUACUUUAACAAAAUAAGAGAAAGUAUGUAUCGUAAUAUUAGAUCGUACACAUGUCAUGGUGAACAAGAGGCGUGUAAAUGACUGGAGGCCAAUGAGGACAAUUUCACGUGUUAACAUUUCAAGUAUGCUUGUUUUCAUCAUUACUUUCCAUUUUGCAGUAUAAUGAGUUAUUUUCACCAUUGCACCAUGUAUUAUUUUUUCUUUUCAAAAGACGAGGCAGACAAUUUCUGGAUUAAUCAUGUUUCAUUUUGUUUAAACAUUGCAUAAAGCUAAUGAUAUCUGCUUAGAUUAUUUUGUUUUUUAAACGUAAGAACAUUAUACCCAUUUUGUUGAAAAUGUGUUUGCAAACGAACACGUACACGGCAUAUCUCUCCUGGUUUAUUAUUUUUGGUAGUAGGUUUAAACAUUGAAGAAAGCUAAUGAUAUCUGUUUAGAUUAGUUUGUUUUAUAAACGUAAGAACAUUAUACCCAUUUUUUUUUAAAUGUGUAUGCAAACGAACACGUAUACGGCAUAUCUCUUCUGGUUUAUUAUUUUGGUAGUAGGUUGUUGUAAAUAUACUUCAUAUAUAUUUACCAUGUAUUUUGUGGUUUUAUUCUCUUUGAUAUAUUUAAUGAAGGUGAAAAGAACUACGAAUAUUUGUGACACAUUUUCUAAAGGAUUGACUUUGUUGUAAGCAUGUUCAAAAGAAAACGUUCAUGUGAUUGUAUG